ACAGAGUCACAGCUGACGAAAUUAUCCAUCAACUAAUUUUUGUUUCAUAAACUCGUUUUUUACGAAAAAGUACUCUUAAAAAUCACCAAAUCACUCAAUUGAAAUUACCACCAUUCUCCCUCUCUUUUCUUCUCCAUUGUCGAUUUUCUCUCUCCUCCAAGCUAGUUUAAGCAGCGUAAGAAAGAGAUUGUGAACGCCCGCCAACAAAGGUACCCUCUUCUACCCUUUUCCCAAUUAGCAAAUUUCAAGGUUUAAUUUUUAGGGUUUUUAGUUCUAUUGUAAUUGUUCUUUGAGGUUGUUAGAUUUCAAUAAAAAUGGAUGAUUAUCAAGAAAUGGAGAAAUUUGGGAUGGAUAAUGAUUUCGAGGGGGGUCAGUAUAUUGGGGAUGAAUUUUUUUAUAAAAAACGCAAAGAAAAAUCAGUUCAAUCUAAGGAUCAAUCACUGUAUGGUAUAUUUGAUGGUACUUCUUCUGAAGAAGAUGAUGAUUCGUUUUCUGGGAAGAAGAAAAGGAAAAAAGGGGGGAUUAUUAAGAAAGCCGAUUAUUCGAAACCCGUUAAUUUUAUUUCUACUGGGGUUGUUGCUCCUAGUGAGGAGGUAGAGCUUAAUGAGAAGGAGGGUGUUGAGAAUCCUGAUGAGGAGGAGGAGGAGGGUGUAGAUGGGUUUAAAUCCGGGCUCGGGUUAGGUGCUGGGGCGAAUGCCGGAGUUGGGUUGGGGUUUGGGGCCGGUUCGAGUAAUCUAGGGGAGAAAGGGUUGGGAGGUAGGAAAGUUGAUGAUGAGAGGGUAGAGGAUGAGGAGGAUUCGUUCUUGCCGACUGGUUUUGGGAAGAAGAUUAAGGAAGGGGCUGAAAAGCGGCGUGAGAAGUCGAAAUUGGUUGGGGUUAGUAAGGGGAGUAAGUCUAAGUUGGGAGCAAAGAGAGGUUCGGAUGGGUUGGAGGGGAAUGUGGGGGUGUUUGAGAAGCACACGAAAGGAAUCGGACUGAAGUUGCUAGAAAAGAUGGGGUAUAAAGGUGGUGGGUUGGGGAAGAAUGAGCAAGGUAUUGUUGCUCCUAUUGAGGCAAAGUUGAGGCCGAAGGGUAUGGGGAUGGGGUAUGAUGAUUACAAGGAGAGCAAGAACUUGCCAACUUUGGAUAAUGUACCUCCACCUCCUGAAUUAGAGGAAAAGCAAGUGUCUUUGAAGAGGGAGGACAAACUCUGGAAGAAACAAGCUCGAGCUCGUGUUAAGAAGAAAGAGAAUAUUCUCACUGCGGAUGAGUUGUUAGCUAUGAAGGAGGAGGCACAAGGACCAGAGUUGGUACUUCAAAAGGUGGUGGAUAUGAGGGGACCCCAGGUCCGGGUUUUAACAAAUCUGGAAAAUCUGAAUGCUGAGGAGAAAGAUAGGGAAAGUGAUAUUCCCAUGCCAGAGCUUCAGCACAAUAUCAGAUUGAUAGUAGACUUGGCAGAGCUUAACAUCCAGAAGAUGGACAGGGAUUUGAGGAAUGAGAGAGAAACUGUUGUUGCAUUGCAGAAGGAGAAGGAACUGCACCAGAUUGAUGCUGCACGACAGAAGAAGCAGAUUGACUCUAUGACGGAGGUAUUGCAGGUCCUAGAUAGUAUUGAGGAGGAGAAUACAUUGGGGAGGUUGACUUUAGAGUCCCUUGCAAAAUCCUUUGGAGACCUUCAGAAGAGGUUUCCAGAAGAAUAUAAACUCGGUAAUUUGUCUUGCAUUGCUUGCUCACUUGCUCUUCCUCUGUUAAUUAGAGUAUUUCAAGGAUGGGAUCCACUUCAGAACCCAUCCCACGGCAUGGAUGUUGUAGCUCUGUGGAAAGGUUUGUUGCAGGGAGAUGAGGAUUAUGAUAUUUUUGAGGAUGCAUCAACCCCGUAUUCACAGUUGGUGUCUGAAGUAGUGUUUCCGGCAGUUCGAAUAGCAGGAAUAAACACUUGGCAGGCUAGAGAUCCAGAGCCUAUGCUCCGAUUUCUGGAAUUAUGGGAGAAAUUGCUUCCGCGUUCUGUGCUACAGUCACUGCUUGAUAUGGUUGUGAUGCCUAAGUUAUCUGAAGCUGUGAAUUCUUGGGAACCUUGCAGGGAAACAAUACCGAUCCAUGUGUGGGUGCACCCCUGGCUUCCAUUACUUGGACAGAAGUUGGAGUCUCUCUAUCAAGCUAUCCGUAUAAAAUUAGGAACGGUUCUUCAUAAAUGGCAUCCUAGUGAUAUGUCAGCCUAUACUAUUCUAUCACCUUGGAAGACAGUAUUUGAUGCUUCAAGUUGGGAACAACUAAUUUCCCGGUCCAUCCUUCCCAAGUUGAUAGAUGUGAUGAAGGAAUUUCAAGUCAAUCCUGCUAAUCAGAAACUUGAUCAGUUUUACUGGGUCAUGACUUGGGCUUCUGCAGUUCCCAUUCAUCAUAUGGUUUGCUUACUAGAGUUGCACUUCUUCAACAAAUGGAAGCAAGUUUUGUACCACUGGCUUUGUACAAGCCCAAACUUUGAAGAGGUUUUGAAAUGGUACAGUGGAUGGAAAGAUCUUUUUCCUAACGAACUUUUGGCGAAUGAACGGAUUCGGAAGCAGCUAAACCAAGGCCUGGAGUUAAUGAACCAGGCUGCUGAAGGUUUGGAGAUGGUUCAACCUGGUGUGAAGGAGAACAUUAGCUAUAUGAGGGUGCAAGAACAAAGACAAUUUGAGGCUCAGAUGAAAGCCACUCAGCAAACAGAUGAUGUGCCUAAGACCUUGAAAGAAGUUAUUGAGGCCUAUGCACAGCAGCUAGGCUUGCUCUUCAAGCCUAAACCUGGGAGAUUACACAAUCAUCACCAAGUAUAUAGCUUUGGUAGUGUAAGCAUUACUGUGGAUUCCUUGCAUCAGAAAAUCUACGCUCAAGUCCAGGGAGAAUGGUCUUUGGUUACUCUUGAUCAACUUCGACAGAUGCAGAAUGUUUCUGGUUCAGGACGGCGCUGAGUUUUGCUGGUAGGCUGUUGCGCCACCCACCUUUUUUGUUAGGUGUAUAAGAUACUGGUGCUUGACAAAAGAUACUUGUGAUCCCCCAGUUGGUGGAGCAUAUUCUUGCAUUAGUAAUAUUACAGCUUUUAACACUCCUUUUGAGCCUUUAUUAUUGACUUCAUUUGUUUUGUGCAGAGGAUGGUUGAUGUUCACGUUCAAAUAUUAGAUUAGAUUUUUUUACCAUAGUAUUAGCUCAAUACAAACAAACUGAUGUUUCAUCCUGGGUUCCAGCUCCAUAACUGUGACAGUUAGGGGCAAUUUUAGAAGUUUAAAUCAUCACAUGCUGGUCAUUUUGAUUAUAUAAAAAUAAUAUUUAACAGCUUUCAUAAGGUCAUACUCAGCUGUGUGACCAUUUCA